CGUAUAACUUUAUGACCUAAUGUUUACCGAAUGUGGCAAAAUGGACCGCGAAAUUUUAUAUUCAGCGCGACGAGGAAGCGCUUUAUUGGGUUAAAACAGUCAGACAUCUCGUGCAUACUUGAAGGGAUAUUCGAUCGGUGGUUAGUCUGUGCUGGGAAGAAUGACUAAUCCCAUUUUGUCAUCCAUGUUCUGUAUGAUAUGCAUCUGUGGAACUCUAAAGGCUCAAUCAAAGACACACUAUGAACUAAUUCCUUUACUGAAACACAAAAAUAUGAUAUCGUUAAACUUCAUAAUAUGAUGAGACGAACAAGACACUCAUCCAACAUGCGAUAUAUGACAUGGGAUGGUGAAUUGGCAUGGAAUGCGGAAGUAUACGGAAGAAGAUGUCGAUAUCGUCGUAAUAAAUAUAAAAAACAUUCCAAAUAUUCCAGUAUUGGGGAGAACAUGUUUGCAACUAAAGCAUCAUCAUCCGUUUUCAAACCUCCCAUGGCCAUUCGGAAAUGGUUCAGUGAAAACUCAAAUUUUAAUUAUUAUUCACGUACUUGCCUAUCAAAGAAGGUUUGCGGACAUUAUACCCAGGUUGUGUGGGCAGAAAGCUUUAAAGUGGGAUGCGCUUUAACUAAAUGCACUUUUAUAUCAGAGCUUCAAUAUCGAAAUAGUUUACUUUUCAUCUGCUACUAUGCAACAGCGGGGAACGUCACCGGUGAAGAUGGGAAAUUGGUAUCAGUUUACGAAGUUGGGAAUGCGUGUUCAAAAUGUGAUAAAGAUGACUAUUGUAGAAAAUCAAUGUGUGCGAAUAGCGAAAGAGAUUUCAUUGAGAUGCCUGUCGAGUACGCAGAAAGUCGCGUCAUUGGAUUCAUAAUUGCAAUUGCUAUUUUAUCUUCCAUCGUCAUUACACUCACAUUAUAUAUUAUAUGUCAACGACUUCGUAAACGACGUUUGAUAGGAAGUGACUGCUGCAAAAUAAAAUCACCAACUAGGCUUCGGAAAAGUUCUCGUACUAAGAAUGGAGUUGCAAGCCCCGAAAAUCACCUAUCUGCUGAUGACAAACCAAUAUAUGAUAGCGUAGAAAAUUUCAUACCGCUACUACCCAAACAACAAUCGGAAUCUGUUUUAACUGCAAAUGCAGAAGUGACUGCCAAGGUUCAAGUAAGAUUGACGGAAAGACCGAAAUCACUGACAGUACCAGUGCGUAGGACAAGUUAUCCAAAACCAAGUCACACUGCACCAAGAUCUCCUCCCCCUUCCAUACCUGCUCCUGUGUUGGAAAGAAAAUGAUUUCUGAAUGCAAUGAAUUAUCUGUUCGAUAGGCUGUUAUUCCUACCGAACGUUGUUGGUAGUUGUUUUGCAUUGAAAGCAGAAGACGAUCGAUUCUCUCUUUCCACGUCACGAGUAAAACUUGUAGGAAACAUAUUGUUGUUGUUACACAUAACCAAAAAAAUUUGAAGUGGAGUUUAUGACUAAUGACCUGGUGGAAAAAAGAUUGCCUUGUUAUGUUAAAGACUGUCGUUUGGUGAACUAUAGUUUCGCAAGCCCCAUGAACUUGACCUCACUUACAUAUUUGCUCUAGGUUUAAAUAAGAUAUUUGUUCAUUUCGAAUUUGAACUUGAAUGUGGUUGUAAAAAACAGCAGCUGCAUUGUCAGCACGUACAAUGAGACAAGUGGAGGUUACGUCGAUAGACAUAUAAAUAAAAAAAUAAUUUGUCGAUAUGAAGUUAUGUUUGAAUAACCUUAAUGAUUAACAUUCCACGUCGAUUAUUGUGUCUUAUUUUAUAGUAAAAAGUUUCAGUAUUAAUCAGAAUAAUAUCAAACAUUAAUUUGACAACAUGCGGAUAUUGGAUAUUUUAAAAAACUGAGAAGAAAAUGGUGUAUUAAAUGAGUGCAUAAAUUCCCAUUUGAAAGUCUCAAUUUUAUUUUUCGGUCUUGAAAUAAUCACUUGACUAGGAGAUUAAUUACUUUUUAUGAUUUCAUGGAUUGCAAAGAAUUAUAUCGCCGACUGCUGGAGCUGCGAACGACUAAUUUCAUUUUAUAUCGUUAAUAUCUGCUUGUAAAUAAACCCAAGAGUUCAAAUUCUAGAGUCUAUGCAGCCCUAUUUAUUGUCAUGCUUUUAACGGUUCAUACUUUGUUCUGUAAUGGAAAAUCCCCAGCUAUAGAAUAAUAAGCUUGUCAAAAAAGUUCCAUGUUAUCAUGGAAUCAAGUACUGCUGUUGAUAUUUAUUAUAUUUUGCUCAAUGUCAAGUGAAUUUUCAUUUAUCUCAUACUGAUUACCCAGUAUUCAUUGUUUGCACAACCUGUAAAUAGUUAUACAGUUUUAAAUAUUUGUGAUUGGGUAAUAUUUCAUAUAUUUACUUGAUAUCAAGUAACAGUGUGCUCCUUUCGUUUAAACCUCGUCCGUAGCAUUCUAUGGUACGAGGAAAGCUAUUGUAAGUGAACAUUUUAUCAAUAUAUGUUUGAUCAAGGUCGAUUGUGAUGUGAUUCAUUGUCAAAAUAU